UUUGUGUUAGGUAAUAGCGUCAGAUUUUUCUAAAUAACUGCUCCCUCAGUUGGUGAUUGGGUAAAGGUUGUUUCAGACGGCGAGGAAGGAGAGAAACUAAUUCAUCAUGUACCGACUUCCAAACAUCCUACGAUCGGCAGUUGCCAGGAAGUUUGCCCCAUCACUAGCUAGAUGCUAUGCCAAAGAUCUUAAAUUUGGUGCAGAUGCUAGAGCUCUUAUGCUUCAGGGGGUUGAUUUGUUAGCAGAUGCUGUAGCUGUUACCAUGGGACCAAAGGGAAGAAAUGUUAUCUUGGAACAAAGCUGGGGAAGUCCGAAGAUCACAAAAGAUGGUGUGACAGUUGCAAAAGGCAUUGAACUUAAGGACAAGUAUCAGAACAUUGGUGCAAAACUCGUUCAAGAUGUUGCUAAUAAUACAAAUGAAGAAGCUGGAGAUGGAACAACAACAGCAACAGUGCUUGCCCGAGCUAUUGCAAAAGAAGGCUUUGCCAGGAUAAGUGAUGGGGCAAAUCCCAUUGAAAUACGGAAAGGUGUUAUGAUGGCUGUUGAUGCAGUUGUUGAACAGUUGAAGCAGAUGUCCAAACCUGUUACCACGCCAGAAGAGAUAGCACAGGUGGCUACCAUAUCAGCAAAUGGUGAUCGAGCUGUUGGAGACUUAAUAUCUGGAGCCAUGAAAAAAAUUGGAAGAGAUGGUGUCAUCACUGUUAAGGAUGGAAAAACUUUGAAAGAUGAGUUGGAAGUGAUUGAGGGAAUGAAGUUUGACCGAGGAUACAUCUCUCCAUACUUCAUCAACACAGCAAAAGGUGCCAAAUGUGAGUUUCAAGAUGCCUUAGUACUGUUGUCGGAGAAGAAAAUCUCCUCUGUCCAGAGCAUAAUUCCUGCUCUUGAGCUUGCAAAUACUGCUCGAAGGCCUCUCCUGAUAAUUGCGGAAGAUGUGGACGGUGAAGCACUCAGUACGCUUGUUCUCAACAGAAUCAAAGUUGGGUUGCAAGUAUGCGCUGUGAAGGCUCCAGGGUUUGGUGACAAUCGAAAAAACACACUUCAGGACAUGGCAGUUGCAACAGGAGCUGUGGUUUUUGGUGAUGAGGGUAACUUGUAUAAGCUUGAAGACAUUCAAAUGCAAGAUUUUGGCCAGGUUGGAGAGGUUUCAGUGACAAAGGAUGACAGUCUUCUUAUGAGGGGUAAGGGGGAUAAAAAUCAAAUUGAGAAGCGUAUAAAUCAGAUUAAGGAGGAGAUCGCUUUAAGUACUUCGGAGUAUGAAAAAGAGAAGAUGGGAGAAAGGCUUGCCAAGCUGUCCAAUGGAGUUGCUGUGUUGAAGGUUGGUGGCACAAGUGAAGUAGAAGUCAAUGAGAAAAAGGAUCGUAUAAAUGAUGCAUUAAAUGCAACACGUGCUGCAGUUGAAGAAGGAAUUGUGGCUGGCGGUGGCACCGCAUUGUUAAGAUGUAUUGCAAAGUUGGACAGCAUUAAGACGGAAAAUAGUGAUCAAACCAUAGGAGUGGAGAUAGUAAGAAAAUCACUUCGUGUGCCAGCACUGAUAUUGUGGGCCAAGAAGUUGUGUCAUGGUGUGCCGAUGGCAAAAUUUGUUGUGGAGAAGCUGCUUCGUGAAAUCGAUGAAUAAGAUGGGUUUACUGAUGCACUACCUCACUCAGACGGACGUAGACUAUGCCAAAAUCUCAUUGAGCGUGGCAUCAUUGAUCCUACAAAGGUUGUUAGAACAGCAUUAGUGGAUGCAGCUGGUGUUGCAUCUCUGCUAACAACUGCAGAAGCUGUUGUCACAGAACUGCCAAAAGAAGAAAAAGAAGGGGCCAUGGCUGGAAUGGGCGGUGGCAUGGGUGGAAUGGGCGGUAUGGGUGGAAUGGGUUUCUAAACAGCUUUCAUCAUACAUCCUGAUUGUGUGUUAACAAAAGACUAUUUAGCUUGCUUAAAGAAAAGACCGAGAGGGACAUUUGGCAUCACUUUGUAAAUUAAGCCUCCUGUGACUCAAAAUGUGAUGGCUGUGAGAUCUAUAUUUUCACAUGGCUGACUGCCAGUUUUUUGUGAUUUAGCCCUUUCAGCAGCAGAACUGAGCUUGUACAUUUUCAAAUCAAGCUCUCAGCAGCUGUGGUUUGGUCUUUUAUAUUGGAUGGAUUUGGAU